AUGUAUGUAAACUCGUCUGGAGCUGAGAAUGGAUCUUAUUCACUGACCUUCCUGGGAAAGAAAGUAGGGAGACAUCAUUCUGUGGCCCCUGCAGGCAAGCAACACGCCUGGGAGACAACUGACAGAUCUAGCUGCCCUGAAGACCUAGAGUUGUCCUCUCGGCCUGGACGGGUCCCUGUCACUGCGCAGGUGCUGGAGGAUUUACCGGGCAGCAUACCAGAGCUGAAAGAUGAGACGCCAUGUCCAAUAAUUUAUAACACACAGUUUGACCAGUACGAGGACAACACAGCAGGCUCAUUAGAAUCUCAGCUGUCAGCUAGCAGUGAUGCAGAUCAGCCUGCAGAUGCCGAGAGGUCACAAGAUGUCAAAAUCUACAUCCCCUACGAGUCAGCUGAGCUCUGCAUCACUCAGAUAGCUGAGGACAUGGAGGCACUGAAGAGAAGACACCUGGAAAAGUUGCAGGAGCUGGAGGAGAUUUUUCAGGCCACAGCACGAGAGAACCAGGAGUGGACCGUGCAGAGGAUCAGAUCAAACCACCAGAGCAAGAUGAACACUCUGAGGAGAAUCCUGGACCUCUAUCAGGAGAAGGUGGAGAAGAAGAACGCUGACUGGGAGAGGAGCGUUGCGGCUUUGACUGCACAGAACGAGCAGCAGCAGGAGGAGCAGAGAGUUGAGAGAAGGAGGAGUAAAGAGGAGGCCCUGCAGUGGGACAGAGAAAAGAGCAAAAUGCUGGAACUGUUCUCCAACAGGCUGGAUGUCCUGCACAGCCACCAGGCCUCCACGCUGCAGGAGCUGCAAAUGGCCCGACAGGAAGUAGGGAAAGUUCAAGAAAUGUUGACGGCAUCAUCGCAGGAGCAGCAGGAAGUCGUUGAGGAAGGGGAAAGCUCGGAGAACAAAGGACUUCCAGAUCAACAACAUACUUUGGCCUGCAAUGAGUCAGAUCGGCCACUGGAGGGGGCUAAAGCCCGUCUGGAGGAGCUGAAAGAGAGUCUGUACCAGAGGGAGAGACAGAUCACUGAGCUGCUGGAGGCAGAGAAGAGCCCCAUUCCUCCCAUCCCUCAGCCGCCCUGCAGCGUUCUGCUUCCCACCGUCAUACACAAGGCUCAUGCUAUCUGCAGCGCAGUGGAUGAGACCAGAGCUCUUUUGGACCUGAUGAUUGAGGAGAAUCGGGUCGCUCUGGUCGAAGCCAGAGACAAACUAGAUCGUCUGCAGAUGACCGAAGAAGACAGUAAUGACAGAGGGACCACUGACCAAGAUGGGUUAGAUGAAUAUGAGUCAAGUGUGUCUUUACUACAAGAAACAGUGAGGGGCUACGAGGUCUCUCAGUUGGCUUUGGACUACAUUAAAACCGGAGAAAGUCCUGUAACAAAUGACUGCGACGCUGUCUCAGAACUGGAGGACAUCUUGGGCCGAGGGACAAUAGGAACCACAGAGGGAGUGAAGAGUGUUGGUCAGCAACUUCUCUUGCUGCAGGAUCAGAUUAAGCAAGUUAAAGACGAGAAAAGGAAAAUGAUUGAGAACUACACUUCAGAAAGGACAAUGAGGAAGAAGUACUACAACAUGGUGGAAGAUAUGAAAGGUAAAAUCAGAGUGUUUUGUCGGAUUCGACCGGUGAACCGAACAGAGGUGGGUGGAACCACCGUUGUGGAGAAAAUAGACGAUUACUCUGUCACCGUGGAAUCACCUCGCGGGCCGAGGGAGUUUCAGUUUGACAUGGUGUUCGGUGCUGAAGCCUCUCAGGAAGACCUGUUUCAUGACACCAACAGGCUGAUCCAGUCAGCUAUCGAUGGUUACAACGUCUGUAUCUUUGCAUAUGGCCAGACGGGUUCAGGGAAGACCUUCACCAUGGUGGGGGACAAGGAACAGAAGAACCCCGGGAUUAUGCCAAGAUCUUUUAAUGCCAUAUUUGAUAAAAUACAGGAGAGCAGCAGCAAAUUCGAUUUCAAGGUUUCGGCCUAUAUGCUGGAGCUGUACAGUGACAGGCUGCAGGACCUCUUUGUGAGCACGGCUGGUGAGGCCCAGGCACAGCCCCAGUCCCAUGGCCAGGCCAGGCGGGUGGAGAUCAAGAGGAACAGAAAAGGGGUUGUGUUUGCCCAAGGAGCAGAGACAAAAGAGGCCUCCAGUGCCCAGGAGCUCUACGCUCUGUUCCAGCAGGCCUGCGCCAACAGACACAUCUCUGCCACCAAGAUGAAUUUGGAGAGUUCCCGCUCCCAUCUCAUUGUUUGCAUCAUGGUGGAGAGCAGGAGUCUGACCAAUGGGAGUGUGAGCACCGGCAAGCUUAGCCUCGUGGACCUGGCAGGCAGUGAGAGAGCAGCCAAGACUGGUGCCAAGGACCACCAGCUAAAGGUUUGCUCAUAUGUUGCUUUGAUUGCAGCGUCCAGGGAUUGUAAGGAUAAUCGAUCAGAAUCAGAUGUUCCUCGUGGCCUCUUUAAAUUCUCCUAUGCAGGAGGCUAA